AUGAAGAAUAACGUGGCAUUGAGGUAUUUGGAGUCAUUAGACUCUGUUGAUUCAUCGCCUAGAUACCCAUUACAGCCAACUUCUAAGUACAAUUCAUCGCCUAUCAAAUCGCGAAAGUCCAAUGGUGGGGAUCUAGAUGAAUUGGAAUCCGAAUUAAAUGCAAACAUCUCUCCGUUGAAAGGUAGAGGUGAAGGGGCUAAUACAUUGAGUCCUAUUAGAUUCGACAGCCCUAGUGCGACAAUUUCAAGCUUUAAACGUAAAAAUGUAGACAGUAGUCCCUCGCUGGGGUCUGCUGAUAGUAACAUAGAUAACGGUAAGCCAAUGUGGAUGAGAAAUCUAGGUAGCAAGACGACUACAAAUGCUAAUAGGUUAUCACCUUUGAAAAAGGAAAUUGGUAAGCCAAGCGAUUCCAAUUCUAUAGUACAACUGCCACUGGCCCUGCUGACAGGUUACGAAUACCUCUGUCGUAUUCAGGCGUUGAAGAAUUGGUUGGAAAUUAUUCUUCAAGAAGAAAUCACUCAAAGUCCAGCAGAACUUAUAAAUUAUAUCCGAAACGGGAUUCAUUUAGCUAAGCUUUCCAAUUUAAUACUUCCAAAUACUCGUAAGGUCUUCACACAGGACUCCAAACUCCAAUUCAAGCACACUGAAAAUAUUAAUAGGUUCUUCCAAUUAUUGGACUACAUGAACGUUCCGGACCUAUUCAGAUUUGAAUUGACUGACUUAUAUGAUGCCAAAAACGUACCCAAGGUAUGGUUCUGCAUCCAUGCAUUGAGUUAUACCAUUGGUAAAAGUGACUCAACUCUUCCACUGGUAGAAAACUUAGUAGGAAGGUGUGACUUCAGCGAAGAAGAUGUAAAAUUGGCUCAAAGAAGUUUAGUUGGGUCUGGUUUACCUAACUUCGCUGAUGUAGAUAACGAAGGUAGUAGCAGUUAUUUGGAUGUGGUUAUGCUGCCAGUUAGACCACUUCCAGAACUGCCUAAGAGAUACCAACUGCCAAAGUAUGAACUGCCAAAGUUUGAACUGCCACCUAGGUUUCAAAUAGAAAGGGAAACUGUAAAAGAGCCUGAACCCCAAGCUACACCUGAACCUGAGCAAGCAAUAUCUGAACUUGACAACCCAUUCAUCGAGUCUAGAUAUGUCCCAGAACCAAUCCAACAGGGUCCAGUCUCAGAUCUGCAUGCCAAUAUUAUCAAACUUCAAGCACUUGCCAGAGGGUGUAAUUUUAGAUACUCGAUGUUUGUAGACAGAAUAAUGCUCAGAUCUUUUGAUGAAGAACUUACACAUUUUGUUUCGAUUAUUAGGGGUAAUUUGUCUCGCUCUAAGACUGUUCACGAACACAGAACUGAACUUUUGUUCUUUAAAAAGGAAAUUAUCCACUUGCAGCUGAGUGCAAGAAAGACGUUAUUGAAGAGAAAGUUGGUUAAUUUGGAAUUGUAUGGUAAGCCAUUGCUUGAAUUGCAAUCUGUUAUUAGAGCAGGUUCCAUUAGACUGAAAAUUCGUUCACAAUUAUUUGAUCUUCAGGAGCAGAAGCAAAGUUCAAUCAUACCAUUUCAGUCAAUUUUAAGAACAUCUUUAAUUCAUCCUCGUACCAUGAAAUUAAUGGAAGUAAAUAAUGAUCCAUUCAUGCUUGGGAAGUUUGUUGAAUUUCAAACUUGCUGCCGUUCAUUUAUCUUUAAGAGAUUUCAAAUUACUAACUCAAUUAAAAAUUCAAAAACUAUCAAUACAAUGAUCAGAUUUCAAUCGGUCAUUCGACAAAAAUUCAUAAAAAAUCAGUUGAAAGAAACAAGACUUAAAUUAUAUAAGCUGUUGACAACUGUACAUGAACUUCAAUCCAUUGGGAGGGGUGCCAUUGCUAGAACAAAGCUUUGUAAUAGUGUCUUGAUCACAUUAAUUGACGAAGACUAUACAUUUAACGAGCUUUUUGCAAAGGUCAGGGGUAAUAGAGUUAGAAAUGAAGUGUACCAAAAGAAACAAGUCAUACACCAUUUAUCUUCACCAGUUUUCAUACCCAUUCAAUCCAUUUUCAGAGGGAUUUUGGUUAGGUUCCUGAAAGAAGUUCAAAUGGAAGAUCUAUACCAAGAUAUUGAUAGUUUCAUUCAAUUACAAUCCAUAAUUAGAGGUGCCAGCUCUAGAAAUCGAAUAAGAACGACGUAUGAAUAUUACCAUAGGAAUAUUGAUGCGGUAAUCAAAGCGCAGGCAAUCAUAAAGAGUAAGUAUGCUCAAGCUGCAUAUAAAGGUUUACUUAACAUGAAGUCUCCCCCACUUCUGGUAAUAAAAAAAUUUGCAUAUUUACUUACCGACAAUGAUAUUGACUAUCAAGAGGAAAUGACUCUCACUGAGUUAAAAGAUCAAAUAAUUGACUUGGCUAAGAAUAACGAAGAAAUUGAACAACAGAUAGAGAACUUGGAUAUCAAAUUAAGUUUAUUGGACAGAAAUAAGAUCAGUGUUGAUGAAUUUGUUAAGCACAAAAACAAGUAUAAAGUAUCAAGCAGAAUAGGUGGAAUUGAUGAAGCAUCAGUCAACGAUAAAACUUUAGAAAAAAGUAGCAGAGAAAGAUUGGAGUUGUAUCAAAAGUUGUUUUACUUAAUCCAAACCAAUCCUCAAUACUUAGUAAGAUGCUCUUCGGCUGCUAGUGAGGCUCUAGGCGGUAACGAUACAGUAGCUAAUUUGGUUUCUUGUUUAUACCCUCUUAAAGAUUCCUCUAUUGACCACCAUUCGAGAGAAGAGUAUUUCUUGGUAAAGUUGACUCUUGCGCAUAUGCAAGCUGAUAUGAAUAAGAGCAAAGCAAUCAGUGACAUAACAAAGCAACCAAAAACUCAUUGGAUAGAAUAUUUCUUAAAAUUAAACAACUACACUUUCCAACGUCAAAAUUUGAAACAGAUUAUGGGUAAGAUAACCACUGACAUCUUGGAUGAUGAUUAUAUUGACUUUGAAUCUAAUCCUUCUGAGAUUUACAGAAAAUUUGCAGAGAAAAGGGAUGGUAGAUUGAAAGAAGUACCUCCUCCUCAAGUUACCAUCAAAGAUCCUGAAGUUAGUGCUAAAUUUGUGGAAAACUUGAUGAGCUUAAGAGAAUUUACAACAGAGAGUUUGGAUAUCAUUUCAAGGGCUAUUCACCGUAUUCCACUCCAUGUCAAGAUUGUCUGCAGACAAGUUUACGAUUUGUCCAAAUUAAAUUUCCCUGAAAAGCUGGAACAGCAACAUUUGGCGGUAGCAGGUGUAGUUUUUGCAAAACAUUACCUUGGUAUCAUCUUAUCUCAUCCUGAAAAUUUUGGAUUGCUUCAUCAAGGAACAGGAUUCUCGGCGACAACGAUCUUACGCUCUCGUGAAAACUUGAAGCAUUUAAACAGAUGUAUUUUGCAAGCAUUCUCCCUUAAGCCAUUUAACGAUAACUUUUUAAAACCACUUAAUGAGCAUUUAACUACCUGCUUUGAUUCAACUGCAACUACUAUAAGACAAAUUAUUGAUGUAGGUGAGUUGGAUAAUGCUUAUGAUAUGAAUCAGUAUGAUGAUGUUGUCUCACAUGACAGACCACAGCUAACAGUAAAGGUACAUGACAUGAUCAAAAUUGCAAAAUUAAUUAAAGAUAAUAUUGGAGUUGCGGGACCAGAACAAGAUGACCCACUUCAUAUACUUUUGGAUAAAAUUGAGAACUUGACGGAAUCAUCUACGAAAGAUCUUAUCGCACUUGCAGAAUUGGGACACGUAACGCUAUCAUUAAAUCCAACUACUCAAGAGGAUUCAAUUCAAGAUUCAAAAUCUAAGAUCCUUUUCUCCCAAGCAAAACGGAGUCUUUUGUAUAUUAUAAGAAUUCAGGAUGGUCCCGGAUUAUUGGAGCUUUUGAUUUCUGGAAUUUCCCCCAAGCACGAGGAUGCAUUUAAGCAGAUAGUAUCCCUGGAGAAGUCUGCCAACUCGAUGGCUGACCAAUCUAAACGCCCAUAUUACAAGACUUCUCUUGGUGAUUUGACUCAAAUUUCCUAUCGUGAUUUGAAACGUAUGGCACUUGAGAUUAUUCUUAAAUUGGAAUCUGAGGGUAAACUCACUCGUAAAAAUUCCUACCAAGAUCUUUUGAAUGAGAUCGCAAUUGACAUCAAAACUAAACAUCAACAAAGGUUAUCAAGAAAACAGCAAAUGGAAAUCGCAUUUGAACUGCAAAGGAAACUUUCUCACAAGUCUUCAUUCUUAAGAAAGCAACUUCAGGACUACAAUCGCCAUGUAGAGCAUAUCUUGGAGCAAUUGCAGCUGAAGCCAAAGGAUAAAAAGAAAUUCUUGUCCAUACUUCCAGUAUUUUCAAAGCAGUAUUUCUACCAGCGUGAGUUACGUAAAACAAAUAGACUUCCUAAAUUUGGUUCUUACAAGUAUUCUCUGAAAAAGUUAUUGGAUCAGGGGAUUAUAAAAGACUACCACAGUGGGAAAUCACUUCUGUCAUCAUCUAAACUUGAUUUCAUGUUCAGUUGUAACGAGGUUGGUAAAUUUACCAUUGAGGCAGCCUCUGGAAGUGUUAGCAUUCCAGGAGCGGUGAACAUGGUAACAUUGGACCAACUUCUAAACUUACAGUAUGAGGGAAUGGCUACCUUGGAUUUGUUUGAUGGUAUGGUCAGCUUUGAUGCUCAAGCUCUUAUGGCUUUUAUAUUCAGAAAGUUCUACCAUGCUGAUACCUGA